AUGCACGGGAGGAAAAGGUCCCCCGAUGAGAGAGCGAAUAUGAGAGAGACGGAAAAGACAUGGAAUGAAGAGAGUGCGUUAUUAUUAUUAUUAUUAUUAUUAUUAUUAUUAUUAUUAUUAUUAUUAUUAUUAUUAUUAUUACUAUUAUUAUUAUUAUUAUUAUUAUUAUUAUUAUUAUUAUUAUUAUUAUUAUUAUUAUUAUUAUUAUUAUUAUUAUUAUUAUUAUUAUUAUUAUUAUUAUUAGCACUACUACGGUACCUUACGGCGUAA